GUAAAAAUGCAAUAGGUCUACACGAAUAGUGGGAGGCUGCACCAGAGGAACAAGACUUUCGACAUUAUUGUGACAGCUGCCUCCACACACUCUGUCAAACGCACUUCCCCUUUUCGUGUUUUAAAUACAGUCCACACAUUCUGUCUCAUUUCUGGAGGAGAGACAUGCAUUCACAAAAUGUGUCCAGGCUCCGGGCUCUACAGCAUGAAUCUGGAUGCUACGAUUCCAACUGGCGCUACCAGCCGACAAUAAUGCGCCUCUCCCGGUUUGUCCUGAGAAUCGUUUUGGAUUAAUAAUGGUGGAAAAGGACCUUUGUAAUUCGUGUUUGAUAGCAGUGAGGGUACUGCGGGUCUCCCUCGUGGAUGAACUAGAGGGACAGAUCGAGUCCCUCGUGGACGUCUUAGUAAGUCGGGAGGUGUUCACUCGGGAUGAUCGCGAGGAAGUGUUGUGUCAGCCGGGGCCGAGGGCAAGAGUGAGAAAGGUGUUGGAUAUUGUGGAGUGCAAAGGUGAGGAAGCAGCCAAGAUUUUUUUCUCUGUUAGAAAUCUUCACCAGGCCUCCCGAGGACUGGGUAAAGAUCGGCAUCAGUCCACAGAUUACAACAAAGUGAAACAAAAACACAAAGACGUCCUCAGGCGUAGGAGCGAGAGCAUGCUUUUCUACAACACUCGACACGGAGAGAAAAUCCUUUUUUCUGAACAUUACGUCAACCUCCUGUUAGUAGACGGACACCAGGGCAUAGAGAGCAAAAGACAUGAGGUGUUGACCUUUGGACAAAAGCGACUAUGUUUGCAGCAGAAGUCAACGCACAUGCACAGGAAAAUCUCGCCGAAGGAAUUGUUUGCUAGCGCGAGUGGAAACCGCCCUGUCAAGAAAGUUCUGGUGACAGGGGCCGCUGGUAUCGGAAAAACCAUCCUGGUGCAGAAGAUGCUGUUCGACUUUGGCAGAAACAAAGACUACUUUUCAUUUGACUUCGUCAUCCACAUGACUUUCAGAGACCUGAAUCUGAUUGACGAACCUACAAACUUUCGGGAGCUGGUCUUACGUAAAAACAGACACCUUGCUAAAGAACUAGAUAACAUCUUAGGUAACGACGACAAGCUGCUCAUUAUCCUGGACGGGUUUGACGAGUUCAGACACUACAGAAGCUGUGACGUGGACGUGUUUGUGACGGAGCCGGAUGAAGAUGCAGAGGUGAAGGAGGUUUUUGGGAGCUUAAUGCAGGGCGAGCUGCUGCCCAACGCUUUUGUCAUGGUCACAAGCCGGCCUGCGGCCAUCAGCCACAUCCCUGUGGGCUGCAUCGACCGCUUUGUGCUCAUCGCCGGCUUCUCCCUGGCUGAAGUUCAAGACUUCUUUUUUCGUUAUUUCCAAGACGCGGCGCUUGCCGACCGCAUGUUCAUGUUGGUAUCAGAAAAUGAACUGAUGCUCACGCUCUGCUACAUACCUGCAUUUUGCUACAUCAUGUGCUGUAUCCUCAAAGAAAACAAUGAUUUCUGCAGAGAAAGCCCCAAGACCAUGACUGACAUUUACGUGCAGUAUCUGGUGGCCUUGCUACGUUCUCACACCCAAGGAAGAGCUGAAACCUUUCUUCAGGGCCAAGGAUCGGGGACUGUCCAGCAGUUGUCUGAUAUUGUGCUGAAGCUGGGUCGACUAGCAUUCCAAAAGCUAAUGGAGCAUCAAACACUAUUCUAUAGCAGUGACCAAGAUGUUGCAGCAUUAGAGGGAUGCAGCCUCGUUAGUACCUUCCUUGACAAGACACUUGCACAAGAGCCCGGCUGCACCGAAGAGAUUUUCUCCUUUGCUCACCUUACUGUUCAAGAGUUCUUUGCUGCAUUGUACUGUGCAGCGUCAGAUCACCCGUUGCCCGUUGGACUUGAGGACACGGUGAGUCUUGGACAGGCCGCAAACAAUGGGCACUUGGAUCUUUUCAACCGCUUCCUGUCUGGGAUCCUCUCUGAGCGCAAUGCUAGCUUUCUGUCAAGGCAGGUGGGGCUGUGUUGCCAGAAAGAAAAAGUGGACACCUAUCGUCGCAAAAUCGUAACAGAACUUACAACGCUCUGUGAAAAUGGAGCCCACAUGCUGAACUAUUUACACUGCCUGUUUGAACAACAGGACCCCUCUUUAGUGCUGGCUGUGCAACCAAAGACACUACGAGUUAAUGUCUGUGAUGAAACGCUCUCUCAAAUGGACUACAAUGUUAUCAAGCACUUCUUAAACCUCACAAAAGGCAAAAUAAAGGAGCUGGAUCUUACAGGGACUGGAGUCACCUAUGAGGCACUGAGAGAUCUUCAGCCACUACUGCUCAGAUGUGAGAGUCUUUGGCUUGGCGAAAACAACCUUGAUAUGGAAACAGUCCAGGUGCUUUCCGAUGUCCUGCAAGUAUCCGAAAGCAUCACUCAUUUAGGAGUUGGCUGGUCAGACAUCGGUGACGAUGAACUGGUGGCUCUUAGUUGCGCCAUACGGGUGAAAAAAAAGCUUAAAGAAUUGUGGAUGGAAGGGAAUCGUGUUAGCUACAGAGGUCUCCUCUCACUCAGUGACUUGACCCCAGACCCUCUGAGAAAAGUUGUGGCCGUAUGGAAUGACUUAACUGAUGCAGAGCCAGUGACAGUGAGCACCCAAGACAGCAUUACUGUGAAUUUCACAGACGACAAUAUGUGGGAAGCGUGGGGGGAGUGGGUAUUUAAAAGGUGUGAGCUCAGCAGCAAUGAGAAGUUACUGACGGUACUCCACAAAGUUUGCAACAUAUCAGCCUGCUUGGAAGCCGAAUGGGUGAUGACCUUCUACCGUCAACUAGCACAACUGAUCAAGAGCAGGAUUGAGUGCUGCACCGAGGACGACAUGUGCAAGAAGCUCAGAAAGUUUGAGAGAAUUCUGAAACUAUGGUGAAGCUUACACCAGCCUUGAGUUAUAAGCUGUAGAUGGUAUGUCUAUUUUGAUGCUGACAAUACUAAAACUUGAUUAAUUUAUUAACGCACAAAUGUAAUAUACUGAGAUUCACUCAAAUAAACAGUUUGUGUGGAUGUUUGGAAUGAAUGUGUUAUGAACUUGAACUGCACUUUGUUCCUUUCUUCAUGGUUAAACACGAUGCGCUGUAAAAGUGGUUUUGUGACGUUUGAGAACUGCAACACGCUUUCUCCCUCAGAUCAAAAGCAAAACUUUGAUGGCCCGUACGGGGAUCGAACCCGCGACCUUGGCGUUAUUAGCACCACGCUCUAACCAACUGAGCUAACCGGCCACGUUACGUCGCCUCGUUCUGGCGAUUCAGGCUCAUGUCGGUGAUAUCAUUAUCAUAUCUAUCACUGUUAUGGUUUUCAAAGAGAUAUUAAAAUAUAUUUUCCAUUUAAUUUCCACGAAUUGCGACAGAAAGACAAAGCUUUCAGACAGCCGUGUUUCCACCCUUCCAGAUAAAAUGUCAAACCACGUCAUAAAAAAAAGGAAUCAUGCUGAAACCCUUUUUAAGCAGCGGUCUACAAAUAACAAUUCAGACUACCUAUUUAAAACUGUUAUUUAUGCAAGUACGUCUUCUACCGAUGUAUGUUACUUUACCUUUGAAUAACCAAACACUUUUGUCAUGGGCGUUGUAUUCCGUUAUUAUUUUUAUUAUUAUUAUUUUAUUUAAAUUUUUUUUAUUUUUUUUACAUUUUUUAAAUGUAAGUGAUUGUAUGUAUUGUAACUGCCGCACAAAUGUGAAUGUGAAUAAAACGUGGAAACCA